GUGAGUUAUAAUCAGACGGCGAAUCACGGGAGCAGCCCACGCUCCCCCGACGCGCGCCAUGCGAGCGCACACCCCAGUCCGGCGGUGCUUGGGAUUGGGCGGAGGGAGGGAGUGGUGGCUGCGGACGGAGUCACAGGAUUGGUAGAGUUCAGCGCCAAACUUGUUGACUCAUAACUGAGCUCCAUCCUUCACGGCGCGGAGCUGUCCACGGCCAGUGGUGCUGAAACUGCAAGCUUUUUUGACGCGCUGUUGGAAUAUUUCCGACUUUUAUUUCUCGCAUCGAGUGUUUGAAAGUUAAAUAAUCCCCGUGCUGCACGUCCGGGCGUUUUGUUUUUACGCGUCACUUUGACGGAUACUCAAACGCCGUCACCGCUCUGACAAAGAGCGCAUCAAAGCCUUCCAACUUCUUCUCCGAUCUAGUAGAGGACUCUCCGCGUCGCAGCCAUGGCUUUCAUGGUCAAACACAUGGUGGGAGGACAGCUGAAGAACCUGACAGGCGGACUGACGGAGGAGAAACCUGAAGCGGAGAAAACGGACGCGGCGGCGCAGGGGAUGACCCAGGAGGAAUUCGAGCAAUACAAGGAACAGUUAGAGGAGGAAAAACAAGAGCGAGAAGCCAACUUUGCCCAGAAGAAAGCCGAGAGAGCCACGGUUAGAAGUCACUUCCGGGACAAGUACCGACUACCAAAGAACGAGCUGGACGAGACCCAGAUCCAGCAGGCGGGGGAUGACGUCACGUUGCCCACAGAGCUGGCCAAGAUGAUCGCCGAGGACAACCAGGAGGAGACGCACAAGCAGUCGGUGCUGGGCCAGCUGUCCAACAUCCAGAACGUGGACAUCGACCAGCUGAAAGACAAAGCGCAGGCCACGCUGGAAGACCUCAAAAAGCAGACGGAGAAUUGCAGUCUCAUGUGAUCGCGCAGAAGUUCAGAGUUUCACUUGUACAAAUAUUUUUUCAAAAGGCAGAGCUGCUCUGGGGGGUAAAAACAUAUUCUCAUUGCUUAGGAGGAAUGUCAGACGAUGUCAGUCAACUGUAAAAACAGUUUUUGUAGCUGUGCAAAAGUUUAGACAGAAAUCAUGCACAAAAGAGAGCGAGGCACGAGAAGAGCAAGUCGUACUUACUGGAACAAAGAAUACGGGCAUACCAGAUGACCUUCAGAUCUCCUAAAAAAUCAUGAAUGUCAUUCAUAUUUGUCAAUGAAAUUAGCCACUUAGCUCUCUGAAAGAUUUGCAGCCCUCUGGCUCCUCCCACUGAGAUUAUAUUUGCCUUCAGAGCAACUCCUCCUCUCAGAAAUAAUCCUCCGUCUUUCCUUUGCCUCCCUCCCUCUCUGUACCUCACGCGCCCAGUGAUAACACAAUAUGAUUCUGCAGCAGAGGUCUCAGGCGUGUGUGUGUGCGUGUGUGUGCGUGUGCGUGUGUGUGUGUGUGUGUGUGUGUUACCUUGCUCCCCAAACACGCAGCAGAUUAUUUCACAGAAAAACGAGUGCACAUCUUCAGUGAGAUCAGCUGUUUGUUUGAGCCGGAAACACACGGAUGAUUCUAGCUCACACUACAGGCUGCACGUGCGACAUGUGGAUUCACAGUUUUGUGAUUUCGGAGUUGGAGGCUUUUUUUUUUUUUAUUUCUUGCACAAAAGCACAAAAACAAAGAAAGGUGCAAUAUUCGUUAAAAAGCAACAACAAAAAAAGGCAGAUUUUUUGUCAUAAGUAGCUUGCUGUUGUCGACCACCUGGUGCCCUGACGAACACAUUCUGUGUGCUGCAUUAAUUCCUAGUUUGAAUCUUUUUCCUGAACAUAUCAUUAUAAAAAGCCUUUGAGUUCAGCUUUCUCCAUACUUCAGCGUGCCUUGGUUUUUCUUCUCUAGAUCUCAAACACCCGUAAGCUACUUUUUACAAAGACUCUUCCUCGUAUGCGUUUGUUCGGGCAGAGCGUUUCUUACUUUUUCAGUUUGACUAAAAGCAACAACUGAUAAUGUUGGAGAGCAGGAAUAGAGUUAGCUGCGUGCAAUAAGUGUGCUCCAAAGUUUCACCUAGAAUCGACUUUAGCUGCAUAAGGAGCAAAUCUGCGUUUUUUGGAUUGGAGUAGAAACUCUUUCUUUUCCUGAAGGGGAAAUCUGGUUUGCAAACUGAAGUGCACACAACCUACACACAUUAUAGAAAAUGCACAAAGACACAUAACACAUAUGUCUCCUGGAUGUGAUAAUGAUAGACGUGCAGUGAGAUAUGAGACACAGUGUCCACAGUGUGUUUGCAAUGGAAAGGAAGCGUACAAGUUUAAAAACCUGAUGGCUGAAGGAACACAUGACCUCAGAUCUGCACCACAAUGUAAAAAGAAAAAACCUUAAAAGCUGCUCGGAUGAGAGAGAUGUAAAUGCUUUACAAGUUGUAUGUUGACAGAACUUUGACUUACGUAAAGAAAAAAAGGCACAAAUAUGUAAAACUGCGUACCUGCGGUGUGAGUAAAUCCACAUGAUGUUGUGUAAGAUGUAAAUGUAUCUGCUGCUUGCACAUGCUGUCAAACAGCGGCUCGUCUGUUUUCAUCAGAAAGUGUUGUCGACCCGCCCGCCUAACCAUCGGCCUGUCCUCCAUCUCAUUGAUCCCUGCGUCUCAGUGGUGACUGUCUCGUGCUGGUGGAAUUCGUGUUGCUUAGCUGAUGUGAUAUUUCUAGUGGCGUCUUUGUUUGAAAAAAAAAAAAAAAAAAGUAAAAAAGAAGCAGAAGCUCAAACUGUGGCA